AUGCAUUCCUUCGGGAAGGAAGAAGAGGUCUCUCUGCAGCGUCUCUUCGCGUUUUUCUGCGAGUGCGUGCGGCACGGGGACUGGGAGCUGGCUGGGGCCUGUGUGCCCCAGCUGAGCCGGUGGCAGGGGGGUGGCCCCGGGAAGGUGGAAGCGGCGCUGGUGGCUCGUCCCGUGGAAGUGAGAUGGGGACAGGAUUCUAGCUCAUGGAGAACUAAAUGGCUCUGGCUUCUUGUGCUGGAAAAAUGGCUUGCCAGGAAUCAGAAAACUGUUCCAGUUGUUCUUCGGAGGGAAACUGAAUUUUUAUUGUUCUUGGAAGAACUACAUAAAGAUGUUUCUGAGGAAGUCCUAAAGGAACUGUAUGAAGCAUUUCAGUGCACCCAGAACAAGCACAUUUCAGAGGGGCAAAGAAGAGAUGACUGUUCUCACAGAUUCAGUUUGGAUGUUGUUUCAGCUCUCCGGAAGCUUUUGCUGCAUGCUCCCCAGAGGGCAAAAACCCUGCUGGAGUUCUUCCAGGAGGAGCAAGGCACACACAGCUCCUCACUCCAGCAAUAUCGCUCUCUACAAAACAUCUUUGUUGAAUUUCUUUGUGACUCCUUGAAAUCUCUGCAGAAACUUCAGUGCAGUUCUGAGGUUUCAGCGCGACCAGAUCAAAGAGAACUAGUGGAUACAAUUUAUGCUGCUCUCAGUAUAGUGACUUUCGACGUGGAGCAUCAGGCAGAUGAAAUAAGGAACCUUUUCAGGGAGCUCUUGGAUGUAUGCUGGGCAGAGGGAAGUCCACUCAGGGAGGAGAAGCUAAUAAGCUGUAUGCUGAGGAAACAGAGCCAUGGCCUGUUAAGCCUUUAUAGCAGUGUUCUCAUAGAAAGAACAAGAGAAAAAUUUUUGUUGUCAAAGUCAAUACGAAAAGGUUCAUCUGAGCAGCUGGAUACAGAGCGAGCUGUGAUGAGUUUGUUCUCAGAUCCCAAAGAAGCUCCUUCUUGGAAGACAGCCUAUUUCUACUGUUUGAGCAGCAGCAAGCACUUUCUGGAACAGAUUCUGGUGACUGCAUUAACUUUGCUCAAAAGAGAGGACUACUCAGGCCUGAGCAGCUUAUUGAGGAGAGAAUUCAACCCCCUCAGCCGCCUCUUGGUGUUGCUAGGAUGGACUCAUUGUCAAAGCUUGGAAUCAGCAAAGACAUUGCUAUGGACUCUACACAAAACCCAGGAUCUGUGCAAUGAUUCAGUAUUGAAAGAUUUUUGUGAUGGGCUGUGGGCUCAUGUGGAAGUUCUUGAAUGGUGCAUACAGCAAAACAGUAUUACUGUCCCAAGGAAGGUUCUUUUGCAACACUUGCACAGUCUGGAUUGCCACACUGCAGUGUACUCUCUUCAUCAUCUCACUAAUCUUCUGGCACUGAAUGAAGAUGAUGUUAUUGAGCUUCUUCAAAAAGUUCCUGCUAGAGACCAACAGAUGCAGGCAGCAACACUCCCUAACACCCUGAGUCAGCAACGCAACCUGGCACUCUUUCGAGCGUUUUGUGCCAUGAAGUAUGCUAUCUAUGCUCUCUGUGUGAACUCACAUAAGCAUUCCAACUGCAAGGAUUGCCUGCGCAGCCUUCUUGGUGAUAUCCCUGAGGAUGCAACUUUGGGAGAACCAGCAGAUUGCUCUUCAGUAUUUCUUCAGUACAUUGCAAAGUGUCAGCAGUUUUUAAGGAGUGUCCCUGCUCCUCUGCGCCUGGAGGUUUUGGAGAAUAUUUUCUCCUUGCUUUUUGUUUCCUACAGUGACCUCUAUACUGAGACUCUUCUACCCGAUGAUUAUGCAGAGGAUGAAGACCUUGACAAAAGGAGUACCACUACAGGUGUAGAAGGCAGUGCUAGUCUGCAGUCUUCCACCUCAGGAAGUCCACAGCACCUGAUAGAGGCUGAAAAGAAAUCAGAGAGGCAUCUGCUGGCUCCACAGACAGUUCACACAGAUACCCAAAGUCUUUGUGACUCGAUGUUAGGUGACAAAAGCUCUGCAGCCUCUACGUUGAGCUACCUCGACCUGAAACACUUCACCAGUGAUGUUACUGGAUUUUUAGUGGACGACGUGGCCGUGGAUGCCUUCCUCACAUUGCUUCUCAACAAUCUGGAAGAAAUUCAGAGUUGUCUCCCAUGGGACUCUAGUAAUGUGCUUCGUGAAGAGCUGGACCUUGUUGAGUGCUUGAACCUUUCUGCAAGCAGAGAUGCCUUUGGAAGUCGUGUGUUACAGUUUUCCAAAUACCUUUCUGAAGCUCACUGGCGAUACAAGGUGGUGAUGAGUAACAGAAAUACAGAACAUCAGCUUGCAGCCUCCAGGAGAUACUGCUCUCUAAUCAGGUGCUCCAGCUUUAAGAAACGAAGCAGAUCUCGAAGGGACAAGACAGAUGGGAAAGAGGAAACUUCCAGUCCAUCAUUAGAAAGUACAAGUAGCGAGCUAAGCACCAGUAUCUCAGAGGGAAGUACCAGUAGCGCGUCUGGCUCGAGUGAUUUGGAAAGCAGGGUGAGACCACGUCAGCAAAACCCCAUCAUUCCUAUGAUGCUUUCCCCACCAGAAUCACUCUUAGUUUCUUGUGUUUUGAGAGGAAACUUCGUAGAAGCUCAUCAGGUGGCUUUGAUGUUUAAUCUGGAUACUUCCCCUUGCUAUGGUGAGCUGGGUUUCAUGGAGCGCUACCAAGAAGCGGUGCGAGAAAUGGCCAGAGUGGAGCACAAUAUUGAGAAUCAAGCAUCAGAUGGCUCUGGAGGCAUCAGGAAAUCUGGCAGUGGCUGUUCAACACUGCAAGCUAUUGGGAAUGCAGCAGCAGCUGGUAUGGUAUUUUAUUCCAUCUCGGAUGUUACUGAUAAAUUGCUUGCAACUUCUGGAAGUCUUGCCCCUACUCUCCAAGAAAACUUCUGGAUCAGGAACAUCCAGCUGGAGCAUACUGAUUCUCUGCGGGAAGUCCUUGAGGACCUCAGUCCUUCAGCAAUGGCAGCAUUUGACCUAGCGUGUACUCAGUGCCGUCUUUGGAAGACAUGCAAACAGCUUUUGGAAACAGCAGAAAGAAGACUGUAUAACAGCCUUGAAACUCGGGGCCACCGACCUGACUUUGUUUUACUGCACUCUGAAGGUGUAAAGGGUUUCCCAGCACUUCUGCAGCAAAUAAGUAAAAUUCUCAACUAUUCCUGCACGUCACAAGGUCAAUCCAAGCCAGAGGUCUCAGAUGAGAAAAUAGGAAGUCAUUUUCGAUGCAGCAUUGUAGACCUUCUGCAAGCUUGCUACCCUGCCUUAACUGAAGAAAGUAUUACUAAUGAAAUUGUUUUGUCACAAAAUCUGGAUCAAAUCCUAAAAGCACUGACAUCUGUUGAACAUUCUGUGGACUCUAAAGGAAGUCUGCUUGGCACCUUGGUGGAGCAAGGCUCUCUCAAACCUACAGAGCUGGAGAAACACCUGGUUUGGAAUCAAACACAGCUCCUACUGAGAACUCUUGACCAAUGUGUCCCAGCCAUGCCAGAGAGCAGCAUGCAGACAAACUUUGUGAAGGCCUUCCUCGACUACAUCACUACACUGGCUGCUGUUGUGUUACGAAGCCUGAAUGCAGAGCUAG